AAAAUACGGUGGCGUUUUGCGUUUGUAUUUGUGUCGAGUGGAAGGUGUGCUUCAAUCUUAUCGUGUUGCAAGAGAUAAAUUUAGUGCGUGGAGUGAUUGAAAAUCGGUCGUGAUAAGACAGUUCAAAGUUCCAAGACUGCACCAUUUAGUAUCUCGUAAACUCCCCAAGAUGUUUAUUGAGGAGAAACUAGAUAUGGAUGGCCUUGGUAUAACCUUGGCGAUAAAGACACUCCAAGCCAUCGCGUUCGUGUGUGAUAUUUUAACAUUUCCAGUGUACGUCCUCUUCCAAAGACCAUGGAGGAACAGGUCCUUGUCGCGGAGAGUUAAGGCUGUAGUGGUGAAAGUGGAGUAUGAUAGCGGAAAAGACGUAAACGUCAAUAUUGAUGGAGACAAACGCGGUGAUAAUUUUUUACUAAAACAGCUGCGAAAUGGCAAGGCGAUACCAGUAUCGAGUGACGCCAGGAGUAUAACUUACAGGUCCUUAAGCGAUCCCGGCGAAUGUCACAUUCAAAUGGUUCGAGAAAACAUCGACACGCUAGCGAAAGUAUUAGAGUUUUGCGUGAAACGAUACGCGAACAAAAAGUGUCUGGGCACGCGCCAAAUUAAAGCGGAAGAGGAUGAGGUUCAAGCGAACGGGAGAGUUUUUAAAAAGUACGUCAUGGGCGAUUACAUGUGGAAGACCUACGCCGAAGUGGAUAUGCUGGCGACCAAUUUCGGUAAGGGCAUUCGGGAGUUGGGAAAUCAGCCUAAAGAAAACAUCGUAAUCUUUGCGGAAACGCGAGCGGAAUGGAUGAUAGCAGCUCAGGGUUUAUUUAAACAGAGUAUACCCGUUGUAACGAUUUACGCCACCUUAGGCGAUGAGGCUAUUACACACAGUAUUAAUGAAACCGAAGUCACCACCAUCAUUACUAGUUACGAUCUCAUGCCCAAAUUUAAGAAAAUUCUCGCCAGCACGCCUUCGGUUAAAACCAUCAUUUACAUGGAAGAUCAGCUGAAGAAGUUUGAGAACUCUGGAUAUAAAAGUGGAGUGGAAAUAAUUCCAUUUAACACGGUCGUGAAACGAGGAGCCGAAUCAAAAAUACAAAACUGCAUGCCGUCGCCGAAUGAUGUUGCGAUAAUCAUGUACACCAGCGGAUCGACAGGCGUUCCGAAAGGUGUCGUUAUUGUACACUCAAAUUUGGUGGCAACUCUAAAGGCUUUUUCGAAUGCCGUUACAAUUCGCGAUGAUGACUGCUUGAUAGCCUUCCUACCAUUGGCUCACGUUUUCGAGUUAUUAGUGGAAAGCGUAUGUUUGUGUACGGGUGUUGCCAUAGGUUACUCGACUCCUUUAACCAUGAUAGACUCGUCGAGCAAAAUCAAAAAGGGAACAAAAGGAGACGCUUCAGUAUUACGACCUACAUGCAUGACAUCUGUUCCACUCAUUUUAGAUAGGAUAUCGAAAGGCAUACAGGAGAAAGUUAGUAAAGGAAGUAAUGUCGCGAAGGCGUUAUUUAAAUUCUCGUACGAUUAUAAGACGAUGUGGACGCGCCGUGGCUAUUCGACCCCUCUUGUAGACAAAAUCGUCUUUAGCAAAAUUAGACAGAUCUUGGGAGGACGCAUACGGUUGGUCUUAUCGGGAGGCGCCCCUCUAUCUCCGGACACACACGAACAAAUCAACACCUGUCUCUGUAUUAGUAUCGUCCAGGGUUACGGCCUCACCGAAACGACGUCCUGCGCCACAAUUAUGGAUUGCCACGACAUGUCGGUCGGACGAGUAGGCGGGCCCACUACAGUUUGUGAUAUUAAAUUAGUUAAUUGGGAAGAGGGUCACUAUAGAAUAACAGAUAAGCCGUAUCCUCGAGGGGAGAUUGUCGUAGGAGGCGAUUGUAUCAGCAUGGGGUAUUAUAAAUUGCCAGAGAAGACUAGGGACGACUUUUAUGAGGCGGAUGGAAAGAGAUGGUUUAAGACAGGCGACAUUGGUGAAAUUCACAGUGAUGGAGUUGUCAAAAUUAUCGACCGUAAGAAGGAUCUAGUAAAACUACAGGCCGGCGAAUACGUAUCGUUGGGAAAAGUCGAGACUGAAUUGAAGACGUGUCCGAUCGUCGACAACGUCUGCAUUUACGGAGAUUCGAGCAAACAGUACUGCGUAGCCCUCAUCGUCCCCAAUCAGACACAACUAACCGAUCUCGCGACCAAAAACGGUAUUAGUAACAAGAACUUCGCCGACCUGUGCUCGUUGCCCGCAAUGGAAAAGGCCGUCCUACAGGAGCUGCUCGAGCACGGAAAGAAAUGUAAAUUGGAGAAAUUUGAAAUACCGGCGGCUGUGAAGUUGUGCACCGAGGUCUGGUCACCGGAUAUGGGACUGGUAACGGCAGCGUUCAAGUUAAAGAGGAAAGAUAUUCAAGAGAGAUAUCAGCACGAAAUAAACAGGAUGUACGCAUCUUGAAACCUACUGCAACAUCACUAGGUAUAAUUUAUCGUAAGCACUAAGCGAAGACUUGUAUUUUAUAAGAAAUGUAAAUUAUGGAAGAGGUGCGUGCAAAUAUUUUUUAAAUGAAAUACUCAUACAGCUUAUGGUUUUUGUACAUAUACUUAAGAAUUAUUUUUUAAUAAUAACGAAAAUAUCCUCUUCUCAUGAUUGCUUCGCGCGUUUUAGCGAUAGUGUCUUUUUAGUUCACCCUGAUGCGAUUUAUGUAGUUUUAGCCUGUACAAAAUGUUAUAAUUUUGUAGUAUACAUAUUUUAAAAUGUUGUAAGGGUUCUUGUGAAUAUAGGGUACAAUUCUUUUAAAAGUUCUCUAUGUAUAUUCAAUUUAUUUAUGGUACAGUAUGUGUGAAUAAUGUACGAUCGAAUGUUUUUGUUAUAAGACAAAAUGCUUAAUGAGUACUUAAGAUAAUUGAUCGCAACAAACAGAAGAUUUCUAGUUAAAAUGGUAGACGAGAUUGAUGAUGUUAUCAACUUGUACAAAACUUGUCUAUUUUGUAUGUAAGUAUUAUUCAAUAACAUCACAAUACCUACGAAAUUAGGAACAAUCAAAAUGUUAAUUUAUUUUCUAAUGUUAAACCGGUGGCAAAUUAUAUUUAACUGUGCAAUAAAACAAAUGAUCAUCUU